CUGAGACCUGCUGCAGGCUCCCCUUUUCUCAGCUGCAUGGAACCCAAAGAAAUGGUGUUACCUGGCAGAAGAUUUGCUGUUUUUUACGAAAAAACAGACCAAGAGCUCUGAAAUCAGCAAAACAGUAGUCAAAGAGAAGAGUUAGUUGAAGACUACGACAAUAAAACAGAAUUUCAUCGUGGGCUAUCAGGUCCUUUAGCGUGAAGAUACAUCUACAUUAAGCCCGGAAUCACUGGCAGUGACAUUUGGGCACGAAAACUUGGAAGAUUAAACAACGGAUAAGGCUGAUCAUGGAAAUCAAUGAGGAAGGAACAUCAGAAGAAGGCCAGCACUUUCUUCCCACACCCCAAGCAAACGCUACUGUGGAUUUUCAGUUCACAAGUCUUCAGAAAACACCGAAUGAACCACAGUUGGAAUUUAUCCUUGCCUGCAGGAAUCUGGUGGCUCCUGUCCGUGAUCGGAAGCUGAACACACUGGUGCAGAUCUCAGUAAUCCACCCCUCAGAGCAAAGUCUCACAAGAUACUCAAGCACGGAGAUUGUAGAGGGAACAAGAGACCCACUGUUCCUGACUGGCGUCACGUUCCCAUCUGAAUAUCCCAUCUAUGAGGAGACCAAAAUAAAACUAACAGUCUAUGAUGUCAGGGAUAAGUCCCACGACACUGUUCGAACCAGUGCCCUCCCUGAGCAUAAGGAUCCCCCAUCAGAGGUUGGGCGAAGCUUCCUGGGCUAUGCCAGUUUCAAAGUGGGGGAGUUGCUGAAGCCAAAGGAGCAGUUGCUCACCCUGAGCCUCAGGACUUCAGAUGGUGGCAAAGUUGUUGGCACCAUAGAAGUCAGUGUCGUGAAGAUGGGGGAGAUUGAGGAUGGGGAAGCCGACCACAUCACAACAGAAGUGCAGGGACAAAAGUGUGCCCUGGUAUGUGAAUGCACAGCCCCCGAGGGUGUAAGCAGAAAGGAUAACUUACCUUUUUUAAACUCAGUGUUGAAGAACCCGGUGUGUAAGCUGUACAGGUUCCCCACGUCAGACAACAAGUGGAUGCGGAUCCGGGAGCAGAUGUCAGAGAGCAUCCUCUCCUUCCACAUUCCCAGGGAGUUGAUCUCACUUCACAUAAAAGAGGAUUUGUGUAGAAACCAGGAGCUUAAAGAACUUGGUGAGCUUUCUCCACACUGGGACAAUCUCCGGAAAAAUGUACUAACUCACUGUGAUCAAAUGGUGAAUAUGUAUCAAGAUAUUCUGACAGAACUGAGCAAGGAAGCAGGGUCUUCUUUCAAAUCAAGCAGCAGUAAAGGAGAGAAAACACUGGAGUUUGUUCCUGUAAAUCUGCAUCUGCAAAGAAUGCACGUGCACAGCCCCCACCUGAAAGAUGCUCUCUACGAUGUGAUCACGGUUGGAGCCCCAGCCGCCCAUUUUCAGGGAUUUAAGAAUGGUGGUCUCCGGAAACUUCUCCAUAGGUUUGAAAUGGAAAGAAGAAAUACUGGAUAUCAGUUUAUUUACUAUUCACCUGAAAACACAGCCAAAGCCAAAGAAGUUCUCAGCAACAUCAAUCAGCUGCAGCCUCUGAUAGCGACCCAUGCAGACUUCCUGCUUCAUUCUGCCAGCCAGCAUUGUCCAGACAGCUUGAAGAAUUCUUUAAAGAUGCUUUCAGAAAAAACAGAGCUUUUUGUCCACGCCUUCAAGGAUCAGCUGGUCAGGAGCGCACUUUUAGCACUUUACACUGCGAGACCAGGAGGAGUGCUUAAGAAACCACCUUCUCCUAAGGACGGCGCAGAAGAUAGCAGUCCCCAGGGUGCAUCCCCACCCGUGGGAAGACAGGACUCCAUCCCACACCAUUCUGACUACGAUGAGGAAGAGUGGGAUAGGGUGUGGGCCAAUGUGGGGAAGAGCCUGAACUGCAUUAUUGCUAUGGUGGACAAGCUGAUCGAGAGCAACGGCAAGGGAGAAGACAGCGGCAGCGGCAAAGAUGGAGAAAAGGAGCCUUCCCUGGUGGGCGCCGUCACGCCUCAUCCAGAGGAAGACUGGUACGAGCAGUUGCACCCGCUUAUCCUCGCCCUGAAGGACUGCAUGGGAGAGGUGGUGAGCCGGGCCAAGCAGUCUCUGACCUUCGUGCUCCUUCAGGAGCUGGCCUGCAGCCUGCCACAGUGCCUGACGCUGACGCUGCGCAGAGACGUCGUCUUCAGCCAGGCGCUUGCUGGAUUGGUGUGUGGCUUCAUCAUCAAAAUACACACAAGUCUGCAUGAUCCCAAUUUCCUGCAGCAGCUUCGCACGGUGGGGCUGAUCGUGCAGUACGAAGGCCUGCUCAGCACAUACAGUGAUGAGAUCGGGAUGCUGGAGGACAUGGCUGUUGGCAUUUCUGACUUGAAGAAAGUAACUUUUAAAAUAAUUGAAGCCAAAUCCAAUGAUAUCUUACCCGUGAUAACAGGACGGCGUGAACAUUACGUGGUAGAAGUCAAGCUUCCAGCGAGGAUGUUCGAGUCACUGCCUUUGCAGAUUAAAGAAGGACAGUUGCUUCAUGUGCACCCGGUACUUUUUAAUGUUGGAAUCAACGAACAGCAAACUCUGGCUGAGAGGUUUGGAGAUGUCUCUUUGCAAGAAAGUAUUAAUCAGGAAAAUUUUGAACUUCUAAAAGAAUAUUGCACGGCAUUUAUGGAAAAGAUGCCUCCUGAUUACAUUUCACAUUUUCAAGAACAAAAUGAUUUAAAAGGAUUGUUAGACAAUCUCCAUCAAAAUAUCCAAGCCAAAAAAAGAAAGAAUGUAGAAAUCAUGUGGCUGGCUGCAACGAUCUGUCGCAGACUCAACGGUGUUCGCUUCACCUGCUGUAAAAGUGCCAAGGACAGGACGUCCAUGUCGGUGACGCUGGAGCAGUGCUCCAUCCUGCGCGACGAGCACCAGCUGCACAGGGACUUCUUCAUCCGGGCCCUGGACUGCAUGCGAAGAAAAACUGUAUUGGGAAGCCGACUAUUCGCUGAAGUUUUGUGCUCAGCAGCCGCUGGGAGGGGGCCCGGCAUGACCCCAGCAUCACUCCACAGCGUCUCCUUUCAUCAUCAGGAAAGUCCUGAUGACCUGAGUCUCCGCCCCGCCUCCCGAAGCCCCUGAGCUCCAACCCUCCUGUGCUGACUCAGACCUGCCACAGCUGUGUUGGACCUUCUCUGAACAGUGUUGCUUCCUCCGACCCAGAUUGUUCAAGCAGGGACAGAUCAGCAUGUUCAGCUCUCUCUCCCUUUCUACCGGCGCAUGAUUAUUUCGGUAUUUUAAACAAAGCCCGAGCUAUAAGACCCGUUACAUUGACUGUGGGUGGUGUAAAUGUGGCCGCUAGGGUUUUGCCCAAACAAAUUCUGCAGACGCUUAAAUCGCUAACGCCAUUCGAUGCAAACCCACUGUUCCAAAGGACCGUCUGCCCCCAUGCCACCAAUGCCACACCUGCUUUUCAGCACCCAUGGCUGAAAAGGACCCGGACCAGUGGCUCGUAUUUUCAGAUCUCUUGCUUAUUUUCUGCCUCAUGUAACAGAGAGUUCUAAAGACCAGUUACUAGUACAAUUGCCAAUAGGAAUUACCCAAGCCCAACAGAAUCCUCCCUCUGGAUCCAUAAGCCACUGCUGUCCAGAUUAGCGUCUUCAUUUUGCACCGGGAGCCACAGUCCUUAGGGCUUAGCAAACCACAAGAAGACAGCAGACCACGGUGCCAUUUAUUGGGGGUUGUAAACCGAGCUCCGUGUUUGGUGGACUCAUGAUUGGUGUCCAGAGGUGGCCACCGAUGCCAUGGACACCUGGUCAAACAUUUCCACUAGGCGAGGUUUUUGGGGUUUGCACCUGGCUGAAAGGGUGUCAUGGCAGCCGAGAAGCAUGUUAAUAAUUCACUUUUGCGAGGUGUUUCAGCAACAGCCAGCUUCUGCCUCGGACCAGAAAGGGCUGUUUGACGUCAGCGCUGCCCCUGACGCCUGAGUUUGCCUGAGAUCAUGACUCAGCGUAGUGAGGAAAUACAGCCCAGACAAGAACUGUUUUCCACUUACAUCAGCAUGGCAUGUUUCCGAGGGGCCAUCGUCGCAGCUGCUUCUAAACUCAGUGACAAAUACACAUGUUUUUAGUUUGUAUAGAAAAUAUACAACUUGGAAAUUUAGCAUCUCUGAUUUUUCCAAAGUGUCAGUCUAUAGAUGGGGAUCUCUUUUAAGACCAGGCGUCCGUAGGGGAGCGAUUUGGCUUCAUCUGAGUUAGACAGAAAGGAGACACUGUAAUUUAUGAGCUGAACUCACAGGUGGGUGCAGAGCGGGAUUUUGUUCAGCUCAUCGAUGGCUGGCAAGGAUGAUACAUGGCGGUUUCCACAAAUCACCUUUAUUACUUUAAACACAUUUUCGGGGACAUGGACACAGGUGUGCUCAAAUGUGCCGGACACAUCCAUGUCCUUUAUCUCAUGCUGUCCUUCUCAUUUCAUGCCCCAAAGAGAUCAGAUUCAUAUGAGCAGGUCCGCAUUUUAGUUUUAUUCAUGCUGCCUUGUUUAUUUGUGUUACUAUGCUCAUGUGACUCUUCCUUGCAACUAGACUGAAGCCAUGUGAAUGUCAUCAGUCUCUGCCUUCUUGCGCAAAAAAAAAAAAUCUUUUUUUAAAAGAUU